AUGUCCAGUCCGAUCUUCUUGGCUUGCAACAUCAGAUCUUCGAUGGUCGCUUCCGAUGCAAGCGUACGUGCGUUCUUCUCUUCUUCGGCUGUGUUGACAUCAACAACAACUGGUGAUCAGCGGACUACAGCGUGGAGCACAACUAUUUUUGCUCAAGAACUCCAGCCCGGCUCUAAGGGCGGUCAAACGGCUGGUCGAGUCGACUCCAACUCGGCCCAGGCUGUGACCCCGCUCGAUUUGCUGUUACUGCAGUCUCGCCGCGCACUGAACAGCAACUCCAAAGUGGAUGCUGAAACUCUGCGUACCAUCUUGGAAACCCAAACCAAGGCUCAGCAGCAAAUGUUUACUGAGCUGAUGAAGCGUAUGGAAAAGAUGGCCUCCGCUUCACACCCAGCCGUUCUAGCAGCACCCGUCGCCACGGCCGAAUUCGACACAAAUUCUCUAUCGACACGCUUGCCUGAGUUCGUGUACGAUCCGAAAAAUGGUUGUACAUUCGAGGUCUGGUACAACCGCUACGAGGAUUUAAUCUCAAAAGACGGUGCUACGUUGGACGAUGCAGCAAAAGCACGACUAAUCGUCUCCAAACUCGACGUUGUCACAUAUGCCCGUUUCACGAACCACAUUCUCCCUAAAAGAGCAUGCGAUGUUCCCUUAACGGACACCGUGGCUGUUCUGAAGGAAUUGUUCGGACAUAAUAUGUCAGUAUUCGCGAAACGCUACGCUUACCUCAAAACACAGCGAAGUGAGGAAAGUCUCCGCGACUACACCGGAUUGGUCAAUUUGUGCUAUGCCAUGGCUGAGUUCAAUGACGUCACACUUGAACAGAUGAAAUGCCUCGUAUGGAUAUGUGGACUUGUCGAUGCGCAAGAUACCGAUGUUCGUGCUCGUGGACCUUCGCAAAAUGGAGGACAACCCUUAAACCACGUUAAAGGAGCUUGCUGCCGAAGUCCAGCACUUUCUCGACAUUCGUCAGGAUGCCACACUCCUCGAACGAUCAAGUGUACCGCAUGUCAACGUCGUGGAUUCGCAAAAGAGUCGAAAUCGUGA